AUGGUUACCGUCCAAUUUUCACCAGCUCUCUCGUUCCAACGUUUUACACAAAUGGCAAACUAAUAUUCAUUUUAAUCUUAAUAUUAUACUAGUGUUUCGAAGUAUAUUAGUCUCUAGUUGUAGUGAGAGCUUACAUUACACAACAACAUAUCAAACAAAUCUUGAAAACCUAAAGUUUUAGAAGAAAAAUAUGGACGAAAGGAAAGGGAGGAGAAUAAUCAUGUUUCCUUUACCGUUUCCGGGACAUUUCAACCCAAUGAUCCAACUCGCCAGUAUAUUCCACCACCGUGGCUUCUCCGUCACGAUCCUCCACACCUCCUACAACUUCCCCGAUCCUUCUAGAUACCCACACUUCACCUUUCGAACCAUCUCUCACAACAACGAAGGAGAAGACCCUCUUUCUCGGUCAGAAACUUCGGGUAUGGACCUUGUCUCACUUCUUCGUUUGCUGAAACAAAAGUACCUGGAAUCGUUUCGUGAGAGUCUUGCGGCGGAAGUAGGUGGAGGAGACACCGUGUGUUUUCUGGUCUCUGACGCUAUAUGGGGGAGCAACACGGAAGAUGCGGCCAAAGAGGUUGGAGUACGUCGAUUAGUGUUGAGGACAGGUGGUGCAGCGUCGUUUUGUGCUUUUGCCGCUUUCCCUCUCUUUAGAGAUAAGGGCUACUUCUCUACACUAGAUUCUAGACUAGAUGAUCCAGUGAUAGAGCUUCCACCACUGAAAGUGAAGGAUCUUCCGGUAAUAGAAACGAACGAUCCAGAUGAACUAUAUCAAAUAGUUACCGACAUGGUGGAGAGUGCCAAGUCUUCAUCGGGAGUCAUAUGGAACACAUUCGAAGAUCUUGAAAGAGACCAACUCAUGGAUUUGAGCAGCAACUUCCAUGUUCCCUUCUUCCCUAUCGGACCAUUCCACAAACAUAGCAACGAUCUUCCACCAAAACCAAAGAACAAAGAAGAUAAUGAAAUAACAGAUUGGCUCGACAAUCAAGAACCAAAGUCAGUGGUCUAUGCUAGCUUUGGAAGCCUUGCAGAUAUAGAAGAGAAAGUGUUCCUCGAGAUUGCUUGCGGUCUAAGAAACAGCGGACAUCCGUUCUUGUGGGUGGUUAGGCCAGGGUUGGUCCGAGGGACCGAGUGGCUCGAGUCAUUGCCUUGUGGGUUUAUGGAAAGCAUUGGAUAUAAGGGAAAAAUUGUGAAGUGGGCGAAUCAGUUAGAGGUAUUGGCUCAUCCAGCGGUUGGCGUGUUUUGGACGCAUUGUGGAUGGAACUCAACCGUAGAGAGCAUAUGUGAAGGUGUUCCAAUGAUAUGUACGCCUUAUUUCACGGACCAGCGUGUGAACGCGAGGUACAUUGCUGAUGUAUGGCGAGUGGGGAAGGUGUUAGAGAGAAGUAUGAUGGAUAAGGGAGAGAUUGAGAAGGUAGUGAGGAGUGCAAUGAUGGUUGAAGGAGAUGGGAUGAGAGAUAGGUGCUUGGACUUUAAAGAGAUGGCUGACAAAAGCCUGGGGGAAAAUGGAUCUUCGUCCAACUAUUUAGACAAACUUGUGAGGCAUGUCUUGUCUUUUGAUUCAUAUGGUUCUACAUGUUAGAAAAAUUUACCGGGGAAGCAAUGUUUUUAAGUACUCAUCAAACUUUCGGAUGUUAAGUUUUUCAUCCUUGCUCUUGAAAUAAUAAUGUUAGUUGUUUGA